AUGUCAACUGGAAACGGUCCUGGUACUCGCAGCGACUACUCGAUGCAGCUUCAUAACUUCUUCCAGAAAGAGGAGAAUCGCGGCGACGGAUCGCGUCUCGCCUUCUCUGAGGCGGGAAUGGGUCCCGCCCAUAAGCCAUCCUGGACUAUCAAAGUACAUAUUGACGGCCAAGUAUUGGGGUGUGCAUCUGACGUGCGCAAGCAAGUCGCUAAGAAUUGGGCAGCACGGGAAGCUAUGGCCAAGGCUGGGAUUCCGUUCUUGGACGAAUGA